UAGAUAAUGACAGUUCAAACUAGCCCUAAAGUAAAUACGAGUACUUAUUAUUAGAAGAGGGAAACCUGGCCUCGCCUAAUCCUGAUGAACUACGAGCUCUGCUUGUAAUAAUUGGAAUCCAGCAUGGAGUCUCCAACGGCGGAACGUCGUCGUCUUCCGUGUCAUGAUUUUCUGUGUGAAGUUGUUGUACCAGUAUUGUUAGCAACAUUCGCACUGGCGUUCUUCGUUAUCUAUGUCCAUUAUUCGAACUUACCGUCACCUCCAAAACUACGCAUCUAUGACUUCACGCUUUCACCUAAAUUCGCCGCCACCGCCGUCAACAGCAACAGUACUUCUGCAUCACCGCCGCUCACGGCCAACUGCACCAUUUCUUUAAGUUUCGACAACAACAAUGUGGACGGACGUUAUUAUUCUAGGGUAGAUCAGUACGAUGAGAUGGAGGUAUGGGUGGUCUGGGCCGGCCGGAACCAGACGUUAAUGCGGGCCCACCCGGGAGCCUUCUCGCAGGGUAGCCUUGAGCAAAAGCCAGUGGUUGUGGCCACCACCGAUUCUGUUGUGCCGCUGGAUCUGAAAUCGGCGGUGGUUUACACGUUCACAGUUGACCUGAAGUGUAGGGUUAAGGAAGAUCCCGGGGACAGCCACGAGGAUGUGUUUUACAUUAAAGCAACCUGCGACGAUGUACGGGUUGGGUUUGGGUCAACGGAAGGCAUUGACCGGGUUGCGAGGAUUUUAGAUGGACCGCGAAUGUGUAGGGUUGUGCAAUCCAAGUCUAGCUUCAAUCUUUGAUCAUAGGAAAGUUUCAAAGUCGUACGCAAAUCUAGCCGUAUUUGCAUUGUUUUCUAGAUUCUGGAUUAAUUUGAAAGGAUUUACUGAUUUAGGGUUUUGAGUAGGGUUGUGUACGAAUCGAAUUGAGUCGAAUAAUGAGAUUUUGUAUUUGUAUUUGUUUAAUUUUUUCGAAUACGAAUUCGAAUUCAAAUAUGAAAC